AGGCGGAGUCCGUUCUCCUGUGUGCUCGACAUGAUUGUCCUGCUGAAUAGUCCAGCGAAUGAAGAGCAAAUAAAGGAAAGUCUGCGAGAUCUCAUCAAUGACCUUGCUCCACAUUUUCUGGUCUCCUCCACCAUCUGCAUUUCUCAGAAAUCCAAAACCGACCAAAAUUCAAAGAGGUACUACGGAGUCUCCAUGUCCACCAACCGUCGUAACCCGGGGAAAAUUGUGAUUGCUGCCUCCUGUCUUAGCAAAUGGGAUGAAUAUGUAUCUGGUGCAGUGAUGACCUAUUAUCCAAAUAAUGUCAUGAAAGAUUACUUUGAUGGAACCAUUGAAGUACCUGGAAACAUCAGGUGUGAGGCAUUUAGAAUUAGUAAUGGUAAAAACAUGAAGCCUUGCAGAUCAUGUCACAAUUUGUUUGGCUUGAACACAGAAGAAACCACAGUCUGGCAUUAUGGUAACUGUGUUGAAGCUGAGAGCCUGAGCAAGUUGCUUACAAAAGAGGAGGAAGUUAAAAAUGAAACACUUAUCCACGAACACUCAGCUGAAAACUGGCAGAGAGCUGAGAGAGAGGUUCGUGAGAAUCUUAUGAAUGUGUUGCGAAUGAUUCACUUUAACACCUGGACAGGUGAAUUUUACAACCCAGAGAUGUCAUGAAAUCAUCUGCAUAAGGUGACCUGAUACCUCUGCUUUGAUCUGAUUCUGAGGAAUAAAAGAUGCUCUGCGCUGACAGCAUGAGUGUGGAUUUGCUGUAGCGCGAUCAUACUGUUUUGUCUCCAGCUCUGUGUAAUGUGCUUGUUAGAAAUUAUAAUAAGAAUAAAUAUCAGCAUGUUAAAAUGAAUUAUAAGGAAAAACUGAAAAGGUGUUUUGAUCAUGGUAAUAAUAAAAAUCAGGCCUUUAUUUUUUCUAAUGUAUAUGAAGCAUGUGAGACAGCAAUUAUCGGGAAGAAACAUGUAUUUAUACUGGUCUAUACCCAGGAUGCACAGAAAUAUAAAACAAAACAUGUCUUUUCCUUUUAUGAUCCCAUCUAUAACCUCUUCCCUAAGCAAAAGCACUACACAUGUAGUUAUAAUAGUUGUAGUAGAUAUAGCACCAAAUAUAUUUCUGCUCUGUAAAGUGUAAAUUCUCAACCAUGAAAUAAUUGACAGAAAACUCAACUGGAGUGUUUAU